UUGCUUCAAUAAAGUUAACUUCAGUUCGAAUCCGGAAAUAAAGUUAACUGGCUAAAUAAUAAUUAACUUUUUUACUACAACAUUGCGUCACAGAGUACUAAUCGAGUUCAAUAGAUAAUAAUACAUAAUAUAUUAAUUAUAUCAACUAUCACAGUCAUUUUUAUUGCGAAAUAUGUUGCAAUUGCAAUAGUGUUUAAGAAUCAGUAAUAGCAAGUAAAUAGUAGCUGUUAAAGAUAUUACCUGUAUUUUUAAUUGAAUUUUAAAUAAAAUGAGUGCUAAAGUGGCUGUAGUAACAGGAGCUAAUAAAGGAAUAGGUUUUGCGAUAGUUCGCGGUCUCUGCAAACGUUUCGACGGAGUUGUUUAUUUAACAUCGCGAGAUGAAAAACGCGGAAAUGAUGCAGUUGCAGCCCUCAAAAAUGAAGGGCUGCAACCGAAAUAUCACCAACUGGACAUCACAAGCACUCAAAGCUUACAAGUAUUUCACGACUAUAUCAAGGAGGAGUAUGGUUACAUUGAUGUUUUAGUGAAUAACGCAGCAAUCGCGUUUAAAAAUAAAGCCCCAGAGCCGGCAGGAGUUCAGGCGGAGGAAACAUUGCGAGUUAAUUAUUUCUCUGUUCUUUCUACAUGUGACAUUCUGUUUCCUCUACUUCGAAAUGGCGCAAGAGUGGUAAAUGUUUCUAGUUCGGCAGGUCAUUUGAGCUGCAUACCUAGCGAGAAACUCAGAGCAAAAUUUCAAGACCCCAAGUUGACUAUACCGGAGCUGUCAGACUUAAUGCGUCAAUAUAUAGAAGCAGCUAAACAAGGAACUCAGGCAGCAGAAUGGGGAAACUCAUCAUAUGUUGUCUCUAAAGUUGGAUUAACAGCUUUGACAAUGAUACAACAAAGACUGCUCAAUGACAGAGAUAUCAAAGUUAACGCGGUACAUCCUGGUUAUGUGAACACUGAUAUGUCAUCUCAUAAGGGUCCCUUAUCAAUAGAUGAGGGUGCCCAGGCCCCAUUGUUCUUAGCGUUGGAUGCUUCUGACUCUGUUAAAGGGAAAUAUGUCUGGUAUGACAAAAAGAUCGUCAGAUGGUCAGGACAAAAACCGUACGAGAAGUAUUAAGCUAUUUAUUUCUGUAUAUUCUGUUCACUGUCCACAAAAGUAAUCUAGACAAAAAUAUUUUAUAAAAAAUAAAGCUUUUAUUAUUAA